UAUUAAAAGUUACCAUGACCUUUGUAACUCUCAAUAAUGGAGCUAAAAUGCCAAUUGUUGGACUGGGAACAUGGAGGUCUGCUCCAGGUGAGGUCACAGAGGCCGUGAAGGCAGCCAUUCUGGUUGGCUACCACCACAUCGAUGGGGCCCAUGUCUAUGAAAAUGAGAAUGAAGUUGGGGACGGAGUCGAUGCCAUGAUUAACCAAGGAGUGGUGAAGAGAGAGGACCUAUUCAUAGUCAGCAAG